AUGGCACAGUCGUCGGCGGCGGCGAGGAAGCCCUCGGCAGCGCCAACCGUCGUCCUGACUCUUGUCCUGGCCCUCGCCUCCGCGGGCCUCCUCUUCCUCCUAGUCCACCUUUCCCCUUCGUCGCCAUCCGCGCACCCGCACCCCCACCGCCGCCUCCGCCUGCGCGGUGCCCACCUCAGGCACGGAGGCGCCACCCCGCACCAGAUCCCGUUCGACCCCGUCAUCGCGGACCUCGAGCGCCGCCUUGACGACCGCGAGUGGGAGCGCCUGGCUGCCGCGGGGCUGCACGCGCCGGGCAUGGAGUCUGCCCCCGUCCCAGAGGACCUCGCGGACUACGAGGACGAGUACAUCAAUGACGCCGCGCGGUUCAACAUGACGCUGCGCGUGGCGGCGCUCUUCCCCAAGAUCGACGUCGACCCCGCCGACGACGCCGUGACGGGCGCCGAGCUGGCCGCGUGGAAUCUCGCGUCCGCGCGGCGGGAGGUGCUGCACCGCACCGCCCGGGAGCUCGACAUGCACGACCGCGACCACGACGGCCGCGUCGCCUUCUCCGAGUACGAGAGGCCCAGCUGGGCUUGGCGGUUCGACGAUAAUAACUCAACCAGUGAUGGGAUGGGAUGGUGGAAGGAGGGGCAUUUCAAUGCUGCUGAUAUGGAUGGUGACGGCUUUCUAAAUCUGAUGGAGUUUAACGAUUUCUUACAUCCAGCUGAUACUACCAACCUAAAGCUAAUACAUUGGUUGUGCAAAGAAGAAGUCAGGUGCUUCUUUUCUCCAACUUUUUUUCCUUGCACAUUUGCCUUUCAGGAUUUGCCCCACCUUUGCUUGCACUUCUAG